UGUCUUUAAUUUUAGGAAAUACAACAACAACGAGCAGCUCAGAAGCUCCUGUUUGCUUUCAACCAAAUGAAGCCAAAAACGAUCCCAUAUUCUCCGAAAUUUCUGGAAGUGUUCCUGUUAUACUGCCACUCAGCUAAUCAGUGGUUUACUAUUGAGGAGUGUAUGGCUGGAAAAUUUAGGAAAUACAAUAACAAUACUGGGAACGAAAAUUUCCCAAAGAAUAUGCUUGAGAAGACCAUGCUAGCAUUUAGCCACUGGACGUAUGAGUACACAAAAGGAGAAUUUCUGGUCCUAGAUUUGCAAGGUGUUGGUGAGAAUUUGACAGAUCCGUGUGUUAUAAAAGCUGGAGGAGGAAGAUCACAUGAUAUGAUAUUUGGUCCUGCAAACCUUGGAGAUGACGCCAUCCAAAACUUCUGCUCUCGGCAUGAAUGUAACACUUGCUGCAGGAAUCUAAAACUUCCAGAGCUAAAGAAAAAUGACCCUUUACAGGACGAUGACUACUAGCCAGUCAAGUAUUCCCUCAUUGGUACAACUCAUGGUAGCGGCACUUAACAACCAACCAACCCAAUCACAUGAUAAUGUGACUGAAUUCCUAAAAUCCACUUUGAUGUCAUUUCCCCAGUGUGUUGCCAAUAGGAUCAACGUAUUGUUAUAAAGCAUUGUAAGUCUCCACAGCAUGAAGAUGUUGACCAGACAUUGCACUAUGGGAAGUAUCCGAAAAUUGCCUAAAAUGACUGAAACUUUACGUUCUACUUAUUUUAUCUCUGUACCAUUUUCAAAAACUCUAGGAAUGCUAUAUUACAUUUUGUGAGUCAUAGGACUAGUUUGAUUAUGUUUUUUGCACUGUAUUGGUGGUAGUGUAAACAUUAAACAAUAAUGGGGGCCAGAAUUGGGUGAGAAAAAACAGAUCAUAAUUUUAGAUUUGUGAGACCAGGAACAUCCAGGCAAAAAUUAGAGAAUAUUGGUCACUGCCCAUCUGUCUAUGAGCAGUCAGAUUAUAAGCAGUACAUUUUACAGAUUCAAAUUUUCUAAUAAGGUUAACAAGAAAAAGGAAAUACACUACAAUGGGUUAUGCUUUAUGAAACAGGGCAUGCUAAAAUGCAUAUUUAGAGUGAAUGGCGUUAAUUUGACA